CGAGCAGCGUAGGAGAAAGCAGUGAGCACGGCGGCUGCUUCCUGUCGCUCACAUGUACACACUUAUCACCAGAUUAAAAUAAUGGCUUCUUCAAAGAGUAACGACUCCGAGAAGAGCGGCCUUCAAGACAGCAAUGCAGAGAACAACGACGAGGAAAAGGAGGAGCUGUGUCCCGGGUUUAAAGACGUCGACGCCUUCGUGAAAUAUGGAUUGGGUGCUGUACUAUCGGCCACCAAAGCCUCUGCGGGCUUGCCUCAAGCUGGAGAUGAAUAUGAUUUCUACCGGAGCUUCCCGGGCUUCCAGGAGUUCUGUGAGAGUCAAGGAGAUAAGCUCCUGCACUGCAUGAGUCAGAUAAUGCGGCACCAUGGCUGCAGAUCUCACAUUAGAGACCAGAGUAAGCUGACCGGGCUGGAGGAGAGAUUUGACUUGGUUGUGGACUCAAAUGACGUCAUCCUCGAAAGAGCGGGGAUUCUUCUUGAUGAAGCUGAUGGGCUGAAUAGGAGCCAGCAGCCUGUCAUGCCUGCAGGGUUUCAGCCUCCUAAAAUUGUUGUUUCCAGCUGGAAUCGCAAGGGUUCAGGCUCUAGCAGUCGUUCCGAGACAUUCCGACUGCUCCACGCCAAGAAUGUUGCGAGGCCGCAGCUGAAAUUCAAGGAAAAAGUAGAUAACAGCAACACGCCAUUUAUUCCCAAGAUCUUCAUCAAGCCCAACGCAUUAAAGCCUCUUCCUUCUUAUUUUACCAACAAACAAAUCCAAAAAGAGAGACCUGAGGAUGUUGAUGUCCCAGCUGCCCUUGCGGAUUUCAUUCACCAGCAAAGAACUCAGAAACAUGUUGAAGACAUGUUCGCACACCCAUACCAGUAUGAAUUGGAUCAUCUUACAACUCCAGAGAGCCUCCUGACUAAGCCAGAACCACAGAUGUACAAACCAAUCGCCGAGACCAAGUGCUCCUUCAUUGACACCCUGGAGGAUCUGGUGGCACUGAAUGAGAAGCUGUGCAAAUUGUCUGAAUUUGCCGUUGACCUUGAGCACCAUUCCUACAGGAGUUUCCUCGGCAUCACCUCUCUGAUGCAGAUCUCCACCAGGGAUGAGGAUUUCAUCGUCGACACUUUGGAGCUCCGCAGCGAGAUGUACAUCCUGAACGAAGCGUUCACUGACCCGUCUAUUGUCAAGGUGUUUCAUGGGUCCGACUCGGACAUGGACUGGCUCCAGAGAGACUUCGGCGUGUAUGUUGUCAACCUUUUCGACACCCAUCAGGCCAGCCGGGCUUUAAACAUGGCCAGACAUUCCCUCGACCACCUGCUCAAACACUUCUGCAAUGUGGACUCAGACAAACGCUACCAGCUGGCCGACUGGAGGAUACGCCCCUUGCCAGAUGAGAUGUUUCAGUACGCCCGGGCAGACACACACUACCUCCUUUACAUCUAUGAUUGUGUGAGGGCGCAGCUCUUGGACUUUAACCACGGGCAGCCUGGCCUGUUGCAGAGUGUCUGGAACAAGAGCAAGGACAUUUCCCUGAAGAGAUAUUUGAAACCUAUAUACACAGAGGAGUCAUAUUUGGAGCUGCAGAGGAAGCAGAAAAAGUCGUUUAACACCCAGCAGCUCACUGCCUUCAGACUGCUGUUUGCCUGGAGGAACAAGCUGGCCAGGCAGGAAGAUGAAAGCACCGGAUAUGUCCUGCCCACCCACAUGAUGAUCAAGAUAGCUGAAGAGAUGCCCAGGGAGCCCCAGGGCAUCAUUGCCUGCUGUAACCCUGUCCCCCCAGUGGUGAGGCAGCAGGUCAAUGAGCUCCACUUGUUAGUGCAGCAAGCACGAGAAAUGCCCCUCCUUAAGGCUGAGAUUGCUGCUCAAAAGACUAAGGGGCUCACAACCAUAAAAAAGCCAGAGGUGACAUUGUUUGGACCCCACGAUACCUCCAGGGUCUCAGAAAGCGACCUCCCUCAGUUCUCUCCCAAUGAACUGCCUGUUAAAAAGGGAAUGCUCUUCUCAGAAGAUGAGCACCAAAUGGAUGAUGAUGAUGAUGAUCAGAGAACAUGUGGUCUCACGGCAUCAGCUAAAAUCACGCUGUUUGAGGAGCCUGAGACAAAGAAAGACCAAGAGUCUCUUUCUGCUCCUCACAUGAAAGCCAGGCGCAUCAUUGAAUCUUUUGAAAACCCUUUCAGAAUGUAUUUACCCACCAGUGAUGUGCACAUCAGCAAGAAUGCCAAGUUUGACCCUUCUUCAAAAAUAUUUGAGAUUAGUAAAAGAUGGAAGCUGCAGAGUAUGGAAGAGCAACAGAAGGAGUUGGAGGCCAAGAAGAAAGCCAAGCAAGAAGUAAAGGAACAUGCAAAGAAAGCGAACGAGGAAAGAAACAAGGAGAAACAAAGCUACCAGGAGUCUCUAGCGAACGUCAUCACCAUUCGCCAACAAGCAGCGGAAUCUGUAAAAAGUGGUGGAAAGAAAAGGGAGAGGGUUGCCAGUUUGGUUGGAGAGUCGACUCCCAGACCGACCAAGAAACAGAUGAAAUCUGCAGAGAAGUCGGAGAAGCCCGAGAAGUCGGAGAAGUCAGAAAAGCCGGAGAAGCCAGAAAAGUCUCCCCAAGAUGUCUUCACACCCUUCGACUACACUCAGUCAGACCUCAAAGUCUUUGCCAACCCCAAAUCAAAGGACAACACACAGUUUGAUCCAAACCGGCAAAGCCAUGAUAACAAGAAAAAGAGAGGCCCCAAGGGACAAAAAUCCAAUUUUGCAGCUGGAAACAGAAGUUUGUCGUACCUGACUGGGAGAUCUGACAGGGGAUUCCGGCAUAACUGGCCCAAAAGAUAAGACUGUUGUUAAUUUUCAGUUUUUUGUUUUAUUUUUUCAUCUCGAGGAACCGAUGACCCCCCCCCACCUUGCCUUCCUGCAAAUGAAUUUCAGUAUUUCAAUAUAUAAUGAAUUUGUAUUGUUUUUCCAUCUUUGGAAUAGUGUAUCCUGUAAAUAUGUGGAAACACAGGACUCUUUAUUAAAGAUGGUUUUAGAGGAUAAA